ACUGCGCAUGCGCGGAGAUGCCAUCUCGACGAGACGUCACCGACUACGCUACUAGACAGAGAGAUGAAGACUCCUCCAGACAGGACGGGCAUAAAGUUUGAAGUUGGCGCUCAACUCCAGGCCAGGGACCGCCACAAGAACUGGUACUCGGCCACCAUUGAGAAAAUUGACUACGACAAAGAGCGCGUCCAGGUCCAUUAUCGUCAGUGGAGUCGCCGCCAUGACGAGUGGUUCCAGUGGAACUCGCCCUACCUGCGCCCGUUGGAGCGAGUCAGUCUGAGGAGGCGGGGCCUCACUCAGACGAGCUCGUCAACGUCGUUUGUUUCCGGCACAAAGGUUCUGGCAUGUUGGACCGACUGUCGUUUCUACCCGGCCAAAAUCCUGCAGGUCAACAAAGACGACUCCUACACCGUCCGGUUCUACGAUGGUGUGGUUCGAACCGUAAGGCCCACUAAAGUCAAACCUUUCCAGAGAAAAUUGAGACGUGAGAAGACGGCAGUGGGAAGCGAGGGAUGGGAAGAAGGAGAGAGCGAGGAAGAGCAGGAGGCAGAAGGAGGAGAGGAGGUGGAGGAGGAGGAGGAGAAGGAAGAAAAGAAGGAAGAUGAAGGUGAGAAGGAAGGAAGCACAGAGAGUGAGCGGAGACCACAAGCUUCAUCAUCAUCAUCGCCUCCACCAGCUAAGAAGAGGAUCCAUGACACUGAAAACAGUGACGCUCACAAGCAGCCAAUCACAAGCGAGCUCAGCCCACCAGCUGUCCCAAACCCCGCCCACAUCGACAAAGAUGUCUUGUUGGAGCGUCAGGCCCACCUGCCCACCACUCACAAAUUCAGCAGAGAACCACUAUACAGGGUGAUCAAGAACCAGCCUCCCCCCAUCCUCUCCAUUGAGUUGGACCACAAUCCCUUCAAGUGUCCAUCGGCAGGCUGCACCAAGUCCUUCCGGAAGGCGAGUCUACUGCACUACCACAUCAAAUAUUAUCACUCCGAGCAGCAGCAGCAGCAGCCGGAUGAGCACAGCAGCGCAUCGGAGACGCCAAGAAGGAAGCGCUCCACUUCUGAGGGCGGCCACUUCCUGUAUGACACAGUCACCUGUCACCAUGACGACAGAGAGCUCGGCACUUCACUAACAGAGGUGAAGAAGGAGACGACGAGGGAGAAGAGUCAUCAUGACAGGAAGGAGAGGAAAGACUUCCUGAGAGUCAAACUGAAGAAGAAGAAAAAGAGGAAGAAGAAGAAGAAGAAGAGGAGUCAGGCAGAACUGUGCAGCAGCGACGACGACAUCUCGGCACUGCCUCCUGUUGCCUUCACGCUCGGCAAGGACCAUCACGGCGGUGUGCACAUGUGUAAAUGUGAAACGCUAAAACACGCCGACGUGGGCCCAGUACACAACCAGCUUGUCCGCUUUCCAGUCGACGACGGCAGCGACUGGUCAACGCUGACCGCCGAAAGCGGGGAGGACACGCCCUUUUGGUCGGUCGCCAUGGAGACGGAGGACUGUGAGGUGGUGAGGUGUGUGUGCGAAGUGGACGAGGAGAACGACUUCAUGAUCCAGUGUGAGUCAUGUUUGUGUUGGCAGCACGGCACCUGUAUGGGCUUGUAUGAAAACAACAUCCCGCACAACUACAUCUGCUACUACUGCAGACACUGCACAGGCUGGAGGCGUGCUCAGCGCUACCAGUCCGAGCCCGACUUGCUGUCGUCGGGUCGCAUGUUUGGCCUGUCUUGCGUGAGGGACAACUACUCCGAAGUCAAUGCCUCCAAGAUCACACUUACCAGCGGCCUCCUGGCUCACACGCAUGGUCUCCAUCAGGUCCUCAGCGGGCUGCAGCUCAAAAUUAGCCUCUUACACGCGCCCUCGCACCCUGAUCUGCAGCUGUGGCGGUUGCCUUGGAGACAAGAGGAGACGCAAAAGCCGACGGAUGGUCCGAGAGGAGAGACCCACGUCAGUUAUGUCAGCAGCGAGCACUGCUACCAGAAGCCUGGUGCAUCAUGGGAGAAUAAGAAGCGUGACGAGACCGAGAAGGACUGGCCGAUGGUUUCUGUGAAGCUAGAACCGCAUGAUGACCAGAAGGAAAUAAAGAAGGAGGAGGAAAACACGACGCUGUGCGGCGAUGCAGACUGGCAUGGCGGGGCCAAGGGGACAAAACACACCGGUGUCGAUGAGCACACACAUUACGUGACUUCGGCCACAGAGUGCCAGCUAAACCUGCUGGACCACGUGGAGUGUCUUCACCAGCAGAUCUGCACCAGGAUGGACCUGGUCGAGAAAGACCUGGAUGUGUUGGAGUCCUGGUUGGACCAUUCCGGCGAGCUGGAACCUCCCGAGCCGCUGUCCCGCCUCCCGCAGCUCAAACAGCGAAUCAGACGGCUGCUGUGCGAGCUGUCAGUUGUAAGGCGCCUCUCUGUAUGCCACUGUCACUGAAUCCGAACCUACUUGGAUGACUUGCGCACAGUGGGACGCGUCAGGAGGGUCAAGCACUUGUUUACAGCGUGACCCCCCCUCCCCCAACACCCUCCCCAUCCCCAUGGAGUAACUUAAAUUUUUACAAUUUAAACGCACAUAACAUAAGUUUAGCUUUAGCUUAGCAUGAUUAUUUUAUCACCCACGGCUACGUUACUUUGUAGAUUGUUCUGUUUGAUUUUGUGUUCAUCCGUAGGAAGUUAAACCAAUGAAACAUUGACAUGCUGAUUUGGUCUUCGACUUGCUCACCAGAGCAAGAAAUCAACCGAUGAUGCUUACUUUAAAUAACUAAGCUCAGGUUAGUGUUAGUGGAUGCUUUUGCUUUUAGUUUGAGGUCAAUCAAACAGUCAUUUACAACAUUUACAUGUGCACUACAUGAACAUGUAAAUAUGGCCGUUUCAAGUUGGACUAGUCGCAAAAAUUCCCUCGACUCUUGUAACGCGAGUGAAAGCCGUUUUAGCUGCUCUGCUUUUUGUCCACUUCCUGUUUUCCAUAUAGACGAAAAGACUCCCGACAGAUGAUGAUGAUGACAUCAUAACAUGCUGUGAGUUAACUAAACACAAUGUAAAAAGAACAACACGUUGAAUGUUUUCUAUUCUUGUAUAAGAAACUAAAGUGUAAAAAAGGUGUAGAUUUUAUUUUGAUAGCUCCUUAAACGUGCACGAAUGAGAUCGCCGUUGCACUCUCGUCAGACUCGUAUUAUUUUAAUCCCGUUUCUGUUUUAAAGCCUGUUUCGAAAGCGUUCGAAGAUGCAUCUUUGAUUUAUUAAAAACUAGAAGUUGCAA